AUGCCAGUUACAAGGUUGCCUGUUGUCCAUAAAUUUGGAAUCAUUUCACAUGCACAACGGUUGGAAUUACAAGAUAGGUUACUUAAACAAUCUACAAUUCAAGGAAUCCACUCCAAGAAAGGUGCUAUAGUAGCUUCAAGGAAUCCUUUAGAAGUUUGUGAUGAAUUUGUUCAACAUUUUAAUAAUGCAAAGAAUCUGAAUGAAAAAGAAAAAUUUGAAGAUGUAGCUAGAAAAAUGCUUGAAAGGUCCAAGCGAAGGGCAGGAGUACGUGAUGGUGGUACAGGAAAACAUGUUAAUUUACCAAUGGCCUGGACAGAGUUAGCUCAAUUAGCACAAUGUAAGGGAAAGCAACAAGAAGAAUGUCUGGAUGUAUUAAUUACAUCAUUAGAGAUAUCACCAUUAGAAAGAUAUCAUAUACCAGCUCUAUUUUUUCUGGCUGAAACUAUGUUAUAUUGGUUACGUACCGAGUCCAUACACCAACCUUAUCUAAGAACUACAGAAAUCAAAUUAUUGAAGAUGGGUCAAUUGGUUUUUACCCGUUUAUUCUACAAUCAUAUGGCAGGUCAACUUCAAGGUCAUUCAGAAUUUAAAAAUAGACUUUUUACCUAUCUUGAUGGUUUAUCAGAAUGUCAAGAAGCAUACAAUCCUUAUCCUAAUGCUUUAUUAUCAUUAAGAUUCAUAAUAGAGGUAGGUAAAAUUAUCCUAGCUGAUGCCACUAUCAAUGAAGCUGAGUUCGGUAAAGGAGGAAGGUUACCACCUGGCAGAAAAGUGGAAGAAUUAACCCAUGCAACAAAACAGCUGUAUGAUAAGAGAUCAGAAGCUUCUACUGCCCACAGUGCAGCUAUUAGUAGUAGUGUCCAUGAUUUAAGUCCCACAUUAUGGCAUUCAUUAGAUGUAUGGAGAUGUACCAAUCAGUUGUCAGGUGGUACUGCUGAUGCUUUGGUAGCUUUAGCUCAUUGUGGAUUAGGUCUGGCUACAGAAAAUUGGGUUGAUGGUACAAUAGCUCUACAUGUAUUAGGUGAUGCCGCUAGAAGUGAUAUUCAUGCUAUGAAAGCAUUACAUUGUUUAGCUCAAGGUGUAAAAAUCACUGAUAGAAUAGAAUCACCUGCGCUGAGUUCUCAUUCACAGAGUUCUGUUACAGAUUUCACAUUUUCUGAUGAAGUAGUAGACAUAGAAGAAAAUAAAAUGACGUCUGCAAAACAAAGUCUAGACCAGAGUUCCAGACCAUCAUUAAGUGAUAUCAAUGAGAAAAGUGAAGAAGGCUAUCAAUCAUCAUCUCAAUCUCACAGUAAAAAUACAGGCAGUAGUCCAGUACCACCAUUAGAUCUAAGUUUAACAGAAGAUAGUCCAUUACCAGCUUUAAAAGAAAUAAGAGCACCAAGAAAUGUACAGAAGAGAGAAGUUUCUUUUGAUUCUCAACCUGCCAACAAAACUAGUAUCAAUGUCAAUCAGAAUAACGUAGAUGGUGAUCAAGGGAAUGUAGAGAAACAACACGAUAACCCUAGUACAUCAUAUGAAGAUAGAAUAUCUUCUGCUAACUCAUUUUGUACAUUUACUAAUGUACCAGUUCCUGAUAGCCCAGGUAUAUAUGGUUGGCAUUGGGAGGUAGCUGUUACUUAUUGUGAGGUCCUAGCUAAUAUAUGUAUCCAUGGUUACAAUGUUAAUGUACAGAAAAUGGCUCUAGUUGGUUUGAAUACAGAUAUAACUGAACCCUAUAGACGUGGUUAUGGUAUUAUACCUCUAGUUAGUGCUGGAUUAAUAGAUCUAGCUUUCUUUCAUACUAGUGUAGAAAACCAUGACGGAGGACCCAAAGAUUGGAGUUGGAGAUUAAGAUAUGGAGCUAUACAGUCAUUAGUUAAAAUAUGUAGAUGUUUAGCCAAUGAUACUAAUAGAGAAGGGUUAAGGAAUGCUGCCUGGUCUACUCUACUAAAAGCACAUUCAUUGGAGAAAGAUCAUAGAGUACUGGAAGCUUUGAAAGUUGGACAGGUACAUACUAAUAUAGAUGAUUUAUUAAAGAUAGAAUUGAACUCUAAUCCAUCGACUAUUGGUAGUCGUAUAGCUAAUAGUUUAAUCUCUAUCUAUCUUCCACCAUUACCACCACCAAUAACCUUUCAACAACCUAAAAAACCUAAACCUAAACAACAACCUCAACCUAAACCAACACCUAGAACUAAACAAAAACUAAGAACCUCUCUUAAAGAUGAAAUAAUGUUAGCUACAGCUUUAUAUGAAGAACCAGUAAAUUUUAAUACUAGAACUAGUUUUGAUUUAAGGAGAAUUGUUGAAGAUCAGUGGAGAAAAGAAUUACAAGAAGAAUUAGAAAUGGAAGAGGAAGAAAGAAAGAAAGAAAUAGUAGAGCAACAGAAGAAUGAAGAAGUAAGACAGAAAGAAAUAGCUACAAGUAGAGCUUUAAAAUUCUCCAAAUCUAAGCCUCCAGUUACAGCUUAA